UUUGUACUGCCAUACAAGCUGAAUUUGAAAACGAAGAACCGGCAGAUGACAAGAGCUGAAUCUACGAAUCCGGAACUUUGCCGAAUUCGACUCACAUUGAAACGCAGUUACUAAAUUAAUGUUUACCCUGCCUUCGGACUUUAUUUCAUGUAGUUUCUAUGUUGAAAUACAGUUGUUAUUCUCGUGGGAAGAGGAAAAGUGUCCGCUCCGAACUUUAGUGUCGAACUUAAGCGCUGGCUGUCGCCGUCGGUUUUGAACAAAAUGAGAACUUGUCUGUAUGUGAAGGACAGAGUUUAAUCGGAGAGUUUUAGCUGAUUCUUUGAGGGCUACGCGAGCUAAGCUGUGCUAGCUGCUGGAGACUAGCAUCUGUUAUCGUGUAUAAACAACAAACUCAACUAAACCUACUCCAGUGAAGCGGCUUUGUUUACUUUCUACAGAAUAGUAAAGAACAGCGAACUUAAUUCUUUUUUUUUUUUUUUAACUCUUUCACCGUUAACGGCGAAUUCAUCACGUUAAGAGGUCGGUAGUGGGUGUUUUUUUUCCCCUUCCUGGUGGCGAGUCUGAACAUGAGUUGUGUGCUUGUGAAGUGAUAACAACCAGUCAACACAGUUCACUGGAUACUGGCCGGUUGGAGUGUAGUGGUGAUGGCCCGGAGAAGGUUGGACAGUCGCAGUGGAUCCACGGUUCUGCUGUCAGAGAUCAACACACAGAUCCACACGGAUCCUCUGGACGCUGUGUUUGACAUGAGCAACGAGCUGGGCAGGGGGAAGUUUGCAGUAGUGAAGAGGUGUGUGGAAAAGCCCACAGGGAAAGUCUUUGCUGCAAAGUUCAUCAAGAAGCGGCGACGAGGUCGUGACUGCAGAGCUGAGGUCGUUCAUGAGAUCGCUGUUUUAGAGGCAGCAAAGAACAACCCUCGUGUGGUGAACCUUCACGCUGUGUAUGAGACUGAUCAUGAGAUCGUUUUACUGCUAGAAUAUGCGGCGGGUGGUGAGAUAUUUGACCACUGUGUGUCAGAGGAACUGCUGCCCGAGGGUCAGAUCACUCGUCUGAUCAGACAGACGCUAGAGGGAAUUCAUCUACUACACCAGAGCAGUGUGGUCCACCUGGACUUGAAGCCCCAGAACAUUCUCCUCACCAGUCUGAGCCCAUUGGGGGAUAUAAAGAUUGUGGAUUUUGGACUGGCCCGCAGGUUGGGUUCAGCUGGAGAACUCAGAGAAAUUCUGGGCACCCCUGAGUAUGUAGCCCCUGAGAUCCUAAACUAUGAGCCAAUCACAACGGCAACAGACCUUUGGAGUGUGGGUGUGAUAGCCUACAUGCUGGUGACAGGCGAGUCUCCCUUUGCAGGCGAUGAUAAACAGGAGACCUUCCUAAACGUAUCCCAGGUGAAUGUGGACUACAGCAGAGAGGCCUUCUCCAGGGUCUCUGAGCUGGCUGUCGACUUCAUCCGGAAACUGCUAGUCAAAGCACCAGAGGAUCGUCCCAGUGCAGCAGACUGCAUGACCCAUCCCUGGUUGUGGCUCCAUUGUACAGGUUCCGAUCUGAUCCCUGUAACCCCACGCACUUCCCGGGAAAGGAGUUUCGGUGGGAAAUGGUCUGCGCCACAUGAGGACCCUGAAGACAAAGAGAACAUUCUGGAAUCUCCACACGCCAAGAGGUUUCGUUUCGAAGAGGAUAUGUCUGCAACAGGGGAUGGUGAACACAUAUACUGAUCCAAAAGGGAAUUGCACUUGCACUGAAUAGCAUUAUUUCUCAAUUUUGGUCCUUUUUGUUGGCCUGAGUACUCUCCCAUGCAGCACCAGCACAAAUGCUUCUGUCCUAAUGCUGUUUUUACCAUCCUUCGGCCACACCAAAGAUGCAGACUUAAGUCUGGUGUAAUAUUAUAUAUUCAUAUUAUUAUAGUGAUAUUCUAAAUAUCUAUGUUGCUGUCCUGUUUCAAGAUUUGGGUUGGUUUUUUUCAUGUCAUAUUUUGAUUUUAAAUGUUUAAUUUGAAUAUGUUUUUUUUUUUUUUUUAUGCUGUUCAGUACCUAUUUAAUUAUCUCUGGAUCCUAGUCCAAAUUAAUGUCGACAGUAAUUCCAUUACUCCACUUAAAACAACAAUAAGGGAAGGAUUUGAAAAUGACCGACAGCACACAUUCCAUGGUUUUUAAUUUUGCUUUAAUGAUGGACUCGAGAUUUAGAGCACACAAUGUAUUUUAAAAUGAGUAUUUCUAGCUUGUAAAAAAUAGAAUGUUUUUUUUUUCUGUUUCAGUGUCAGUGGGAUGAGAUUUAAAUGAAUCAUUCAUUGUUUUGGUUGUAUGAUCAAAAUUCAAUUUCAAAAUUCCCUAUUGAUUCAAAAUUCAAAAUAAGUGAAACUGUUAAAAAGCUUCAGUACAGGAGUGCCCUCAGUUUAUGGGUGUGUUACAUCCUCUUUCUUGUCGAAUUGAAAAAUCAGAGGGCUAUAUAAAAAUGUGACUCAGCACAACACACCCUGGAUUACACAAAUAUGUGUUGGCAUCCGACUCAGAACUUCCUCCUAGAGAAUGACUAAGGAAAUGCAGGAAAGCACUUAAACCCUUUAUUAUAUGAGAAUUAUAACUAAAAUAUGAGAAAACAGAAUUUUUUUAACAGCAUUGAAUUUAGUAAAUCAAGUGUAUCUAUUGCUUUUAAAAUGAAAAUCAAUCUUUUUUACUGCCAUCAUUCUGUAUAAUAAAUGUGUUCUCUCAGCACUGAAUGUUGUUCUUAAGCAACAUUCUAGCAGUCUCUACAGCAGGCCUAACAGCUUAUUGUUUUGGGAGUGCUGUAAAAAAAUA